UCUAAUUUCUAAUUUCCCUUCACCCUUUCGUCCCCCUCCUGCAACGCCGUUUGAGCAAAAUCGAGUAGGGCAAAAAAGGAGUGAAGAAAGAAAGGGAAAAUAAAGGAAUUCCGUUUUUGGAUAGACGGAAAGGUCCCUUAGGAAUGAAAGUUAGGGGAUAUUAAAGGGGAAUCCGAAACCCUAGCUUCAUCUCCCUCAUCAGUGAAAUCCAAUUGUGUUAAAAGUGAAAUUGAAGAAUUAAUCGCCGGAUUUGAACUUGAUGGCUUCGAAAAAGAAAGAAUUCGAGGGUAUAUCGUUGUUGGCGGUGUACAAUGAUGAGGACAUGGAUGAUAUUGAGAACGAAGAAGAUGGAGAUGAUACAGAAGAAGAUUUAAAGAACAGUGAUAGGGAGGUCAAUUAUGAGAACACGCCUCCACUUCUCGAUGUCAAUUCCACACCGAAGACCACUCCCCAACAGGCUCAGAUUCCUUCUUCCUCUCCGCUGCCCCAGCCGAUGUUGUUGGAUUCUCAGAAGCCUGGAAGAGGAAGGCUCACUAUCGUUGAUUAUGGCCAUGAUGAAAGUGCAAUGUCACCUGAAGCCGAGGAAGGGGAAAUUGUAAGCAUUGGUCGUGUCAUGUUUGGCCUUGAGCUUCAAACUGCUAAUGGUGACUUCCAAGAAAAAAUGUCCCCGGGGACAACGAGCAUUCAAGCAACUCCUCCUCAAUCAUCUGAACAAUUAGAUCCAUCUCAAUCUGAUCUAAUUACUCAUGCCGUAACAGAAGCUGAAGCUGCAGAGGCUGAUGAAGAUGUUAAGAUGACUGUAGAAGCGCUGAAAGAUGUUGAUCCAUUGGAUAAGUUCCUUCCACCACCAACAAAAGCCAAGUGUUCUGAUGAGUUGCAAGAAAAAAUAAACAAGUUCCUUUCAUAUAAGAGACAUGGAAAAAGCUUUAAUGCAGAAGUGAGAAAUAGGAAGGAUUAUCGGAACCCUGACUUUUUGCUACAUGCAGUGAGGUAUCAAGACAUUGAUCAGAUAGGAUCUUGCUUCAGUAAAGAUGUGUUUGACCCUCAUGGAUAUGACAAAAGUGACUACUAUGAUGAGAUAGAAGCUGAUAUGAAGCGUGAAAUGGAGAGGAAGGAACAAGAAAGGAAGAGCAGUCAAAAGGUUGAAUUUGUUGCUGGAGGAGCACAAACUGGAAUCGUUGCUGCUGCUCCAAAAAUCAACAUUCCUCUUCCAGGUGUUUCUACUGCAGCUGAUGCUGUGACGCGGGAUGGUAGGCAGAAUAAGAAAUCAAAGUGGGAUAAGGUGGAUGGGGAUAGAAGGAAUCCUCUUCCUUCUGGAGGGCAGGAUUCUAUGUCAAGUGUAGGGGCACAUGCAGCACUCUUAUCUGCAGCUAAUGCUGGUGCUGGAUACAGUGCUUUUGCGCUACAGAGACGACGAGAGGCAGAAGAAAAGAGAUCUAGUGAAAGGAAGUUAGAGAGAAGAUCUUGACCCCUUCAUUGUAUUGCUUGGCAGUGAAACUUUUUAUAUAAUUUUGAGGAUUGAUGGAAUAGAUCUGGGGGAUUUUGUAGGCUUCUUCCUUGUUAUAUCAUUUAUGUCAUUAUGUAUAUGGCAUGAAAUAGGAAUUCAUUUCCAUCUGAUCAUUGCCUUUGUAAUUCAACCUGGCAUGAUCUCUCUUUAGUUUGAUAUGGCCCUAGAAAUGGUUUUCAAUGGGGCAUAAGCGUCUCAGAUGGAUUUCCUUGCGGUCACUUGCCUUUUAGUGUCACUUAAAAUUAUGUAACUGUACCUGGAUGCUCUAUUGAUAUAGUGGACUAACACAAUUUUAUGAAGCUGCCUCUUUUACUACCU